AUGUUGUCCGAAGUUCCGUGCCAGAACACUUCUCGAGUCUCAAGAUUGGCGCCAAAAUCAUCAAAACUCAAACCUAAAAAAGAACCAGAACUUGUCCCCAAACUAGAGCUACAACAAAUAGAUUUAACUGCCAAACGGAACUUUGAAACUAUCGUGCCAACUCUGACGAAGCCCGAACCUAAUGACAUUGUUAAAAUUGACGUCGAAUCCAAGUCUGAAGCUAAAGAGGAUUCAAGAAAUGUCGAUUCCACGGAUGUAGAAAUGACUAAGGCUGAAGACAACGAAGAGGACACAAUCAUGCGUGAAAUUGACAUAUUCUUUUCUCCUUCUAUUAAUGACAACACUAAGUUGUACAAUAUGCAAUAUCCUUUGAGACCUUCUUGGCGACCAUAUGAACUCGAUGAACGAUGUGAAGAGGUCAGGUUGAAACCCGGUAGUUCAGAAGUAGAGGUUGAUUUAUCUGUUGAGUUGGAGUCAAGUAAUAUUAACAGCGAUGUUUCCAAUAAUCUCAAAUAUACGAAGCAGACUCUAUCAACUACGUGGAAGCCUCCUGCUGCAAAUGGCUGUGCUGUUGGGCUUCUUAUGGGAGAUAACUUGCACCUUCAUCCAUUUCACGCAGUUGUGCAGCUCCGACCAUCACGACAUUAUAUCGAUUCUGGUGGCGCAGAAAAGGAGAAUGUUGCUAUGUCAAAUCAGAAUAAUCAUAUGGAGCCUUCAACGAGUGGUGGUGAUAAGAGCUGGGUUCCUCUCGAGUACCAUGAUUGCAAGAGUGAUGUCUCGUCUAGAUAUUUUCAGCAAAUGGCGACACAAGAAAAUUCUACCAUAAACUUUGAAUUGAGCUUGUAUGAUUACAUUGCUACACUCUGUCCUGGAGUAAGCCACGACGCUUUAGCUAAAGGUCCUUCGAAAAGGUAUCUUUUAUCAUUGCCAGUGGAAAAGCGUCUCGAGACAUUACUUAUUGACGGCCCCAAACUUCAUCGUUUUAGUGCUAUCAAGCACUUUGCCUCUAAUGACGAACUGCUGAGUUUUCUGCAGCAGCAUGCACAAUUGCUGCAGGGAUAUUGGGUUCCAAAAAGUAGAUUGCUGUCUCCUAAGGGCGGUCCAGACUCGUUGGCAAGAAAUUAUGUUCUCGUAUUGUUCAACAAGCGUUUGAAAGUUAUGUCAGCUGAUGUAUUAAUCAAGAAAGGUGAACUUGCUAAUCGCGUGAAAAACUUUCUGAUGCAAUUUGCUUUGGAAACAAAGGAUCUAAAAGGAGUUUCGUAUUGGAAGUUCAAAGAGCUUCCGGAUGUGUCCUUUAUAAAAGAAUUUCCUAAUGUUGUUAAACAACAAGAAGAAAUUUUUAAGAUUUUAGACAAAGUGGUAUCUUCUGAGGUUGAAAAAUAUAAAUCAAGUAAAAGUGUUGUAAGAAAGAGUGGUGUCAAGAAUGCUCAUGUUAGAUAAGUU